AUGCCUAGCAAGGAGACCAUCUUGGCCUAUAUCGCUAAUUUUCUUCGUUCGGAGGAAGAUCUCCAAAAAGUUUCCAAAGCCUUAGAUGCAUACUUGAGAAAAGGUUCCAUUGACUUGCCCUCCGUGGCUGGCGACUUGCAAACUUUGUUGGAAGACAGCGAUAGCGAUAGCGAUGAGGAGGAGAAAAAGGAUGCUGCGUCUUCCUCCUCCUCUUCUUCUUCUUCUUCGUCCUCUUCUUCAGAGUCAUCUUCCGACUCCGAUUCCGACUCGUCCUCUUCUUCUUCAUCUUCAUCAUCAUCAUCAUCUGACUCUAGCUCCAGCUCUGAUUCAGACAGUUCUUCCGAUUCCGAUUCCGAUGAUGAAAAAGAGGAAGAGAAGGAGUCUGGCAACAGUUCCGAAACUGAGCCUCUCCCAGAAUCUGAGAUGGCUGAAAGUGUCAAAUUGAGUGAGAAGGAUGACUCCUCAUCUUCAUCCUCUGACUCUGAUUCAGACUCCUCCUCCUCGAGCUCCUCUAGUUCUGAUUCUGAUUCAGACUCUAGUUCCUCCAGUUCUAGCUCUGAUUCUAGCUCUGAUUCCAGCUCUGAUUCCAGUUCAUCCGACUCCGACUCCGACUCCGACUCCGACUCCGACUCCGACUCCGACUCCGAAUCUGAAGCCGAGGACAAGGCAAAGAGCGAGGAGGACUCGCCCAAGCGUAGCCUGGAGUCCGAUUCUGAAGAGCCAGCUCUCAAGAAACACAAAAGCUCGAUCCAAGCACUGGAGGAGCCAGAGCUAGCUCCCGGCCAAAGAAAGCACUUCUCUAGAAUUGACCGGUCUGUCAUUUCUUUCGAAGACUCCACUCUCAUGGACAACACAUACAAGGGAGCUGCCGGAACCUGGGGAGAAAUGGCUAACGAUAAGCUUGGCCAAGUCAGAGGCAAGGAUUUCACCAAGAACAAGAACAAGAUGAAGAGAGGUGCUUACAAGGGUGGAAGCAUCACCAUGGCCAGCGGGUCCUACAAGUUCACCGAUUAG